AUGGAACAGAGAUGCAGAAUCAGUGAAGAUCUCCCCGUGGCCAAUGUGCCUCUCAUGAAAGACCUCCUGCACCCCUCUCCUGAGGAGGAGAAGUGCAAACACAAGAAGCACCUGGUGCAGAGUCCGAACUUGUAUCUCAUGGACAUGAAGGGCUCAGGGUGCUAUAAAAUCACCACUGUCUUCAGCCACACGCAAACAGUGGUCCUCUGUGUUGGAUGCUCCACUGUACUCUGUCAGCCUACUGGAGGCAAGGCAAGACUUACAAAAGGAUGCUCCUUCAGACGGAAGCAGCACUGA